AUGCGUUUUCGUUCUAUCUCAUGCUCUUCCUACCUGCGUGAAAAAAGUGAAAUGGCUAAGAUGAAUGGAACUCUCACGACAUUCAAAUCACAAGGAGCUAUUCAUGAGAAACCGGAUAUGGAUGAAUUUUCGGAAGAGACUGUUCGUCAACGCAUUUCACCUCAUCCGUUCAUAGAUGUAGUUAUGCCACUUCCACAAAUUCCGGCAUCUCAAUGUAUCACCUGUCGGGCUCAUAGCACAACAUUCCUCUUCCAGCUGAAAAAAUGCGUCAAUCUCUAUCUUCCACUUUUAGACUUCAAGUCAAAGAUGCUCCGGAUGUUCCAUCUUUCUGAAGAUGCUAGUUGCGAAGGAGAAAUGGGCAGAAAGAGAUGGGAACUGGCAGUGUUAGACUUUCUCGAAUGCGCAGAUAUUUCGGAAGAUAUAAUGCCGUAUAUUCCUUUUCUGGGCUUCAACUGUUUAGUCCGUAUGAUUGAUCCUCAGAACGAGGACGAAACGAAGAUGUGUUUGACACGUGCGUACAGAGCCGACUGUGAGGAACCAAUUGGCGGAUAUGAUCUGUAUGAAAUUAUGAAGCACAUGGGUAUGUACAAAGGACUUACAUUUGGUGAUUUCAAGCUGGUACGAUGUCCAACCACGACAGUUCAGUACUUAGACAAGAUGGGUUUGACUAAUGAUGGAUAUCGAGUUGUUCGGAUUGUGAAGCCGUUCUCAGCCGAUCCACGGGAUAAGUCUGCAGUUGAAUUCCAUGGUAUCCAUCAUAAUUAA